CGAGGGCUGUACAAUCGAACAGCAAGAAUUUGGGCUAUAGACUUUAAUAUAAGAUAUUCUCCAUCAUAGCUGAAAUCCCACCUCUUCACUCUCAGCGAAAAGACCCCUCGAAGCUUGUAUAAAGUGCUUUAUAAUUUCCCUUUUCUACCCGCUUGCUCACUUUCUCACCUUCCGUCUCCACCGCAUCCGAGCUUUUUUGCGCCGACUUUCUUUCCUUCUCUGCAACGACUCUUCUUUCCUCUUUUUUUUUCCCUUUUACACCCACGAUACCCUCCCCCCUACUACCACCUCCAGGACAACCGAACAUCAUGGCUGUCCGCGCCCAAUUCGAGAAUUCAAACGAAGUCGGCGUCUUCGCCCGCCUAACAAACUCCUACGCCAUUGUCGCCGUCGGCGCCUCGGAGAACUUCUACUCCGUCUUCGAGUCCGAACUCCAAGACGUCAUCCCAAUCUGCCACGCUACGAUCGCCGGCACCCGCAUCGUCGGCCGUCUGACUGUCGGCAAUAAAAAUGGUCUGCUCGUCCCGACAACGACUACGGAUCAGGAGUUGCAGCAUUUGCGUAAUACCCUUCCCGACGCGGUGAAGAUCCAGCGGAUAGAGGAGCGUCUGAGUGCGCUGGGAAAUGUCAUUUGUUGUAACGACCAUGUUGCCCUCGUGCAUCCCGAUCUGGAGAGAGAGACGGAGGAGAUUAUCGCCGACGUCCUCGGCGUCGAAGUCUUCCGCCAAACAGUCGCCGACAAUGUCCUGACGGGUUCCUACAUGGCCCUCUCCAACCAGGGUGGUCUCGUGCACCCCAAAACCUCUAUCCGCGAUCAGGACGAACUGUCUUCGCUCCUGCAGGUUCCCCUCGUCGCCGGUUCCGUGAACCGCGGCUCCCCCGUCGUCGGUGCCGGUAUGGUCGUUAAUGACUGGCUCGCCGUGACGGGUCUGGACACGACGGCUACCGAGCUGAGCGUUGUCGAGAGUGUCUUCCGUCUGGGUGAGAUGGCGCCCGGCGGUCCCGGUGCGGGUGUUAAUAAGGAGAGUAUUGUGGAGAGUUUCUACUAGAGGGCGAGCGAUGGAAGAAGAAGCCGAAAAAAGUUCUGUUCGAGAAUUUGGGGGUCUUGGUUUUUUGCAUAUUGGGCUAGACUAAGGCCCUGGAGAAUUCUGGACCUGCUCUCUGGACCCUGCCGCUAGUUGGAAUGACCCCUCUUUACCUCUUACUCGUACUCUUUUGAGGACCCUGACCUACACACUUGACAUUGACACUCGUGGGGGUGGAGUUGUGAUUCUUUUCUUUUC